ACUCCUUCAGUCAGUUUUUUCGAGCCUCUCCAGACUUGCAGGUACAUGACAUCCGUAUGUAAAACCGCAAAGACAAAAGAGGCUUCGUUUGAAUGUCUCCAUCUCAGCAUCCGCUGUGCAGAACGAUGUAAGUCGUCGCACGGGUCUAAUGACGGGCUGAUGCGGGGCUGAUGUGGAGCGGUCCGCGGUAUUGAACCGCCGCUGUCCGCGGUGCUGAAAUCGAGCGCUUCGGUCCCACGGCGACAUUCAUCGACGUGAAUGCGAGACCAGCGGAGGACAUUCAUAUCUAGCCUGCGUGGAAAGGAUGAGGAGGGUUUUCAUGCCCACACCGCUGCUCAUAUUGAGCUGUUUCGGAGCGUCGUGGGUCUUGGCUGACAGUUUGGCUGCUCCAGUGAACGUGUCCAUCAGAGAUCUAAAGGGCAGCUCUGCUGUGGUGACAUGGGACAUCCCGGACGGAGAGCCAGUCAUCGGCUUCGCCAUCACACAACAGAAAAAAGACGUUCGCAUGCUGCGCUUCAUCCAGGAGGUGAACACUACCACACGGAGCUGUGCAUUGUGGGAUCUAGAAGCAGAUACGGACUACAUAGUGCAUGUUCAGUCUAUCAGUAUAAACGGGCCGAGUCCCCUCAGUGAACCGCUGCAUUUCAAAACCCCCAGAGAAGCAGAAACGCAGGCCUCCAAAAGCAAAGACGAAGUGACCAUGGAAGAAGUGGGUCAGAACGCUCAGCUGCGGGCGGGAGAGCUUAUCAUCAUUGUGGUGGUUCUGAUCAUGUGGGCAGGUGUGAUCGCGCUCUUCUGCCGUCAGUAUGACAUCAUCAAAGAUAACGAGCCCAACAAUAACAAGGAUAAAGCCAAGAACUCGUCCGAAUGCAGCACCCCUGAGCAUCCGUCAGGCGGUUUGCUGCGCAGUAAGGUAUAACCACUGCCCUGUGAGAGACCAGACAACGCUAGGCAGUUCCCCAAGAACAACAACAAUAACCGAACGCCAUCUGUGAACAUUAUCAAAGUGUGACAGGAAUGGUUUCUACAGUGAUUGAUUCCGCUUUUACCACACGCCUACAGAAUGGCCUUAUGUGCUCAUCCUCCAAACAGGAAGCAGGAAUAUUGAAUGUUUCCUGAAAACAGCUGGAAUAAUCCUACGUCUGAAAGAGAGGCCAGAAAGGUGGACUUUCACAUAGACCUGCUCUGGCUCCAGCAGUUUGGAGAUGAGACCAAAUCUGUGGCUGUUCGUGGACAGGAGAAAACCCUCUGAAAGGGGAAAAGACCCUCCUCACGUCUCUUUAUCACUUUACAAACAACUGGUGUUGAUGAGGAGAUUCAAAAACCUUUCUUUUAAACUUGAAAACUCUUGAGCUUUGCUCCUUUAUCUGGUUUUCUCUUUUACCCUUUUCAAAUAGCAUGAUAUACAUUACUCUUCUCGAUGGCAAUGAAGGCUUUUAUAAUAUAAAAGUAAAUCUGUAGUCAGCCACUAAAUGCAAGACAUACAUUUCCAGCUGACAAAAAUAUGUUCUAAGAAUGUUUUGCUAACAUUUCCAUGGUACAAAAAUGUCCUUCAAAACAUCAAUUUUGGGGGGAAUUAUGUAAACAUUAAGGGAACAUUCCAUUUUAGAAUUUUAGAACAUUAUGGGAAUGUUACUUUUGAAUGUUCUCUAAACAUUCCGAAACAAAUAGUAACAUUUUAAAAAAUGUCCCUCUAAAACUUUUUUUUUUUUUGGUGCUAACAUUAUUAAAGACUGCAUAGCUCUGAAUGAACAUUCUAUUAACAUUACUGGAUAAAUGUUUGGCUAAUGUUCUGGCAAGGUUUUCUUAGUGUUCUGAGAACAUUCCUUGUUAGCUGGGUUGGCGUUCAAAUGUCUGAAACCACAUUAAAAAUCUGGGAUUUAAAAUACUAGUUAAAUACAUAGUUCUUGAAGGAUCUUGAAAUAUUUCAAACAAAGGAAAGCUAUAAAGCGAAUAAGAAAUAUUUAAAAUUCUGCACAAUUCCUAGACAUUAGUCAUGUGAUUGUUAAGUACACAAGGUUAGAUUAGUUCUAAUGAAGCUCAAAAUCAAUGUAGUUAAUGUUAACUAAACUGUUAAAAUCGUUUUUGGUAAUUGUAAUUAACCUAAAAUGAAACCCAGAUUUUAGAUUAAAAAAUACACAAAUCUAACUGAAAUAAAUGUACAUUGUAAAAAACAAACAAACAAAAAAAAACACACACACGAUUUGUUGGGUCAACUUAAAAUAAUUUAAAUCACAACUUAGAUAUUUGGGUUGACUAAACUAAACAUUUGGUUUGUUAAACUUAAAAGCUGGGCUUGUUACCCAGCUGCCCUAAAAUUGUAAGUUGAAUCAAUUCAAAUAUAUAAGUUGUCACUUAGUACAACUUAACAUUUCAAGUUAACUAAACUUUGUUGAGUUGACUGAACUUAAAAGGCAGCCACGUAACAAAUUAUUUUAAGUUGACUCAAAUAGUUUUUUACAGUGUAGAUCCUAAAAUUACUUAACCUAAACCUGAAAUAAAAUAAAUUAAAAUAAAACAAAAAAAAUAAUAAUAAUAAUAAAAAAAAUUAAUCUAUAUACUAUAUAUAUAUAUACUAAAAAAUAUUUUGAAUAAAUACUAUAAUAUAAAUAAUAUAAAACAACACUGCUCUUUGGAAUUUUCUUUGGAACAUGAAAAAAAAAAAAAAAAAAAAAAGAAAUAAAUAAAAAUAAAAAUAAAGAAGUGGUCUCAGACUUUUUGGACUCCACUGUAUAAUAUUGUAUAAUAUUGGUAUAAUAUUGUAUAACAUUAGUAUAAUAUUGGAUGUUGCAGUGGUUAGAAAGACCAAUAAGCAGUCCUGAAUAUGGAUGUUUGACAUCACCAGGACGCUUCACCCAGCAUUCCCUUUCACAAACUCUAAAGCGAAACAUUUCAGAUGAUUCAGAUGGCUUGUUCCCUCUCAGGGAAAGAAGUUCAUUUCAUCCAGAGAAUAUGUGGCUUAUUUUAGACUGGUUGAAAUGAUUUGACAAAGAGAUGAAAGAAUGUUGUGGAAUAAUUUGACUGAAAGCUCUCAUUCCAGCAUAACGAAGAGACUUUUACUUCUAUUUCUGAUUGUGUCGUUGUUGUUUACAUCUGCAGAGAUACUUGACAAACAAAACCGGUAGACUAAACCAGCAGUGCUGAGGGAGAUGCUUUAGAACUGUAAGCCUCUCAAUUUAAAAUAGAUGAAAUUUAGAAAAAGAUACUCUUAGUUACACUUUUAUUUAAAAAUAUAAUUAGUUCUGUAUUUGUUCCGACACAAAAAUUAGGAGCUUGAAUGGCUAAAUGAACACUCUCAUUUAGAGAGAAAUAUGACGACAAAUCAGAAUUCAUUUAUAUAACUAACAUUUAACUAAAUAUUUCACUAUUAAAAAAGCACUUAAAAAUGCGUUGAGGGACUCAAACAGGUCAAUUGUGUUCUUUUUUUUUUUUUUUUGUUUUUUAAACCUGAAUUAAUUGUUAAUGUUUGAUUAUUACUGUAUCUCAGUGGGUGAUAAUGUGACAUAAGACUUACAAUGUCGGGUUUUUACACUGCCUUGCUACUACGAAAAAGUUUUUGGACAAGCUAUUGAAACCGGCUGAGCUACACUCAAAAAAAGGUUUAAAUUUAAGAUUUAUGUUUUUGAACUGCAUAUACAAUUUCUGUAGUAUAGUUUUUCUUCUAUGAUAAAAGGGAUUGUAUUAGGGCUGGGUAUUUUAAAACAUUUGAAUAGUGUUUCUGUUAGUUCUACAUGUUCUCAUUAUGAUGGUUUAAAUUA